GACUACUCCCUUCCCUCCUCCCUCCAGGACCGUGCCCAGACACAAAUAGACACUCAGUCAGUAGUGUCUCAGUCAGACAUUCCUCUUGAUAACUCAGAGGAGCUGCUCCAACUCUGAAGACUAUUGUUUUGUGACAUGUAAUGCAGAGAACAGUAAGCUGUCCUAGCAUUGAUUGACAGUGCUCUGUCUGGACUGUAACACUCCGUCUAGAGGUGUCUGCUGAAAAACCUUGCGAAGUGAAAGGGACGUUCAUCCUGCGAGCUCCAUUUAUGUGGAUGUGCUUUUUCUGUAAUUGCAACUUCAGGAAGGUAUUUUAAACUCUUUGGUCUUUCUGACACUUUCUGUUGACUUGAGGAGAUCUUUGCCUGUCUCUGUUCAGGCAUGACGGGUCAGGAGAGGAGUGAGAAGAGUGAGUGUGUGUCCCUGUCUCCGAUGAGGGAGGCUGUCCCUGCCCCACCUGAGUAUGAGAGGGUGUGUGUGUUUGGGACGGGGGACAUGGGGCGCUCUCUGGGCCUGCGUCUGCUGCAGGCGGGGUACGGGGUGGUGUUCGGCAGCCGACGGCCCCAGAGCAGCAGCCUCCUACCACACAGAGCACAGGUCCUGGGCCAUGCUGCAGCUGCCCAGUCAGCCCAUCUGAUCUUCAUCGCUGUCCAGAGAGAACACUACGACUUCCUCGUACCACUGGCCAAUCAGCUAAAGGGGAAGGUGUUGGUGGACCUCAGUAACAACCUGAGGAAGAAUCAGUACCCAGAGGCCAAUGCGGAGUACCUGCAAAGCCUGGUCCCUGGAGCUGAGGUGGUUAAAGGAUUCAACACCCUGUCUGCCUGGGCUCUGCAGAAUGGACCUUCAGAUGCCAACAGACAGGUGUAUAUCUGUGGGGAAAGUGCGGAGGCCAAGCAAGCGGUGAUGGCGGUAGCCACCAAGCUGGGUUUCAGUGCCCUGGACCGGGGCUCUCUCUCAGCAGCCUGGGAGCUGGAGGACUUCCCCUUGCAGCUGUUCCCCCAGUGGAGGCUCCCCCUGCGCAUCGCCAUCGGCCUCUGUGCUGCCUUCUUCUUCUACCUGCUGAUCAGAGACAUCAUCUACUCAUACAUCACCCAGGGCAAAGACAUCUCCUUCAGAAUCAUGGUAUCACUGGCCAACAAGGUGUGUCCCAUCGUGUCUCUGAUCAUGCUGUCUCUCUGUUACCUGCCUGGUGUCCUGGCUUCCUUCCUGCAGCUCUACAGAGGUACCAAGUACAGGCGCUUCCCUGAUUGGCUGGACCGCUGGAUGCUGUGCAGGAAACAGCUGGGUCUACUGGCGCUGGGGUUCGCCUUUCUGCACGUGCUCUAUACACUGAUCAUACCCAUACGGUACUAUGUGAGGUUCAAGUCCACUGAACGCACUGUCUCUCUGAUCAGAGAGAACAGGACCACUGAGUUUGAUACCACAAUGGCCUGGCGUGGCGACUCCUACUUAUCCCUGGGAAUUCUGGGAUUUGGCCUGUACGUCCUGUUAGGAAUCACAUCUCUUCCCUCCGUCAGUAACGCUCUCAGCUGGAGGGAGUUCAGCUUCGUACAGUCCAAGCUGGGUCACCUGACUCUGCUGUUGUGUACGGCUCACACCUACCUGUAUGGUUGGAACAGGUUCCUGAGUUCCUCCAUCUACAAGUGGUACACCCCACCGGGCUACAUGCUGUGUCUGGUCCUUCCCUCUGUGGUGCUGCUGCUCAAGCUGCUGCUCAUCACCCCCUGUGUGGACCGAACCAUCACCCGCAUACGCCAGGGCUGGGAGAGGGGGGCAGACCAGAGGAACCCUAAAGACAGCCAACCACUGAUCCCUUAGAGGACACACAUACACACACAGACACACACACAGACACAAAAUAGCACCCUCAGUGUGAUGACAGCUUUGUCAUCGAGGCAUGAACUCUUGCUUCUUUGUUCUGGCUAUUAUACCCUCAGAUGUUGGCUACCAUUCAAUCAUUGUUUCUGGGAUCAAAAACCAACAAUAUAAUUGCAUUUGUAUUUCUUUUUGUAUUACACUGUAAACAUUGUUGCAUUUUAAUACAAAUAUUUUCAACCGUACGUAAACCUGACACUAGUUUUCACUGGGUGAAACAAGUUGUCUCUCUUAUGUAAAGAGAAUGGUGAAAGCUCUCUCUCUCCCUCUCUCUCGCUCUCUCAUAUCCUCUCUUCUAUCCUCUCUCUUCUUUGACUGACUGUAUAGUUAUCCCCAGAUGAAAUACAGGUUUCAGAGACGUAUAAAAGUUUUUCAAUAUA